AUGACCUCGCAGCAUGAACAGUUACAACCAAGCAACACGAGUUUGGCGACAGCGUGGUCAACACCUGUGGAUUGGACUCUGCUCGACGGCUUGUUGGCUCAUGACAGCCUCCAAUAUGCAAAGACGGCAUCAGAAUGGAGUCAAUCGGGGUCAGAAACGGCGGCGAUCGGUGGAUUAGAGGAUGGCGUACUCUGGGGCGCUGGGGACGAUGCCCUGUCAUCACAGCGAAGACGCAAAGCUCGCAUGAGCGAGGUCGACGAGGCCACCCGAUUGCGUCGACGAGCACAAAACCGCGAAUCUCAGCAGGCAUACCGGCAACGUAAGGAGGAAUACAUUCUGCGGCUCCAGGAACAGAUCCUGGCGCUCCACCUUCGACACCGAGAUCUGUGGCAGUCCUAUCUAGCCCAGGGUAGACGGGUGGGCUUGCUCAAAGAAGUAGUUGCGGACCUCGCCUCAGAGAUCGCCAUCCUACGGGAACGGCAGGGCCGGGGAGUACUGCUGGCACCGAGUCAUGAGAAGCUUCUUUUGCAGGGUGGCCAGGAAUGUAUUCUGACGGCCAGCGGCCCGAGCGUUCCCCAGCAAACGAACUCCCGCGCCAACAUCGUGCCCGCGACCAUGUUCACCACCAGCGGUCUGCAGGGACCUGUCACGCUGCCUUGA